CAACGCACUUGGCAACAGACACAGAUAUUGACGCUUUUAACCGAGAGCAACAAAGCAGCCAGAGUAUUUGCACAGAAUGGCGUCGACAAAGAGGAAGUGUCAGGAAGAAAUCAUCCAGACACUGAGAAAAAAUAGCAGAAAUGGAACAGGACCGCCAUGUAGAUUUGACGACGUGGAAAUUGUUUCCCUCCUGGAAAUGUUCUCAGAAAUCUGUGCCAACAAAGGCACCCCAGACAAAAUGGACAGAAACAAAUUUCGUGAUGAGCUGCAAACCUGCUUCAAGAUCACAGAUGACUUUCUGAUGGAUAGAGUUUUCCGAGCAUUUGACCGAGACAAUGACAGCGUCCUGAAGCAAGAGGAAUGGGUCUUGGGUCUUCAUGUCUUCCUCAGAGGAGAUUUAGAAGACAAGAUUAAGUAUUGUUUUCUGGUGUAUGACCUCAAUGGAGAUGGGCACAUCUCUAGAGAAGAAAUGUUUCACUUACUGAAGAACAGCCUCUUUAAGCAAUCAUCAGAAGAAGAUCCAGAUGAGGGUGUGAAGGAGCUGGUGGAAAUAGUGCUCAAGAAACUAGACCUGGACCAUGAUGGUCGGUGUACCCUCCAAGACUAUCGUGGAGCUGUCAACGGAGACCCGCUGCUCCUGGAGUCACUUGGGCCCUGUCUGCCCAGCCAGGCUGCCUGCAAUGACUUUCUAGCAUUGAUGCAUGGUAACCUUGGACAGCGAAGCGGAAUGGGCAGACAUCACAAGCAGGAGGAAGAGCACAAGACGAGCAAGAACAAAGAACAAAAGGGGAAAGGUCAAAAAAAACUUUAGUGAACUUUCAUGAAAUUUUGAAAUGCUGUUUUGUCCCCCAAUACCUGGGUGAAUUAUUAAUGCUCAUCUGACAAUUUAAAUGUAAUUAAGUUUGUUUUAGGUGAUACAUUGUUAUGGAAUUACUAGAAAUCUUAACAAAUAUUGAAGGUAAUCUGGUUUUUAUGGUAAAGAUGUUUGAGAGAGAUUUAUUUAUCAGUUUUUCUAGUCUGUUCGCUUCCUGCACAGAAUAAAUCAUAUGUUAAUUACAUCAUUACCAAGUGUUUUGCAAAUUAGUACAUGGGAUACUUAAUCGUUCAAAAGGAUUCACAACAAAAUGAUCAUGCAUUCUUAAAAAAAUAAUGUUUUUUGGCUACUCUUUUGCAUUUGUAGUGUAACUAUAGUUUCAUUUGAGCAUUUGAACAUGUCAAGUCAUAUUUCACUUAUCCAAAUCAUUUCUGAGUUCUAUAUAUUUAUGUUGAUCUUUUCCAGCUGCCAAAUAUUGUGUCUUCUCUUGAAUGGAAUCAAACUAUAGAUUGGGGAUGCUUUUAGUUCAUGAGUAUUACAUGAUAAGGAACUAAAAGUUUAAAUUGUUUUAAAUUAUUUGUUUUCUUAUAAGAGUACCAAAUGUUUCCCAUGGACUUUCCUAAAAAACAGUAUUUGUUUGUUAAGCAACUGUUGUACAUACUUGUAUGAUAUAACCUACUUCUAGUGUCAUGUUAAAAAUGACUGUUUAUACAAAGUUUGAAAUAAAUGAUUUACACUUA